AGAGAAAAAAGCGUCCGUUGCGCAUCUCGACCGUCAGUUUUCCCGCGCAAGCGAUGGCGGCAGAAUCAGCUGAGCGGGAGAGCGAGGCGUCGUCUGUCCGGGGAGAAAAGGGUUUAUUCAUUGCUGUAAAAGAUGGCAGAUGCACUGCUACAUGCGGAAUUGCUGGCAGCCUGUUCAGCCUUAGGCUACAGUGAUGGUGCCAAAUAUCACAAGGAAGCGGAUUGCCUAGAAACAGUCAAGGAUCUCGUCCGUUACCUGAGGAAGGAUGAUGAGAGCCACGAGAUCCGCCGGGCGCUCGGAGACACUCGAGUGGUACAGACCGACCUGAUCCCCAUAGUGCGGGAACACAGCCAAGACGGCGAGCUUUUCGACGUGACUCUCCGCCUGCUGGUGAAUCUCACAAAUCCAGUCCUGUUGCUGUUCAGAGAGGAACUCCCUGAGGAGAAGGUGACAAGGCAACAGUUCUUGCACUUGGUCUCGCAGCAGCAAGGGUACAAGGAAGCGUUUGUGGAGGAGAAAGUUUGGGCCGUGUUGGUUGGAAAGCUGGGAGAGCUGCUUCAGCUGGACUGGGAGAACAGACAAGAAGAUGACAAGCUGAUCAUUGAAAGAAUACUUAUCUUGGUGAGAAAUAUUUUGUCAGUUCCGGCCAGCCCCGAGGAUGAGAAGCGAACGGAUGAUGAUGCCUCUGUGCAUGACCAGGUGUUGUGGGCUCUGCACUUGGCUGGCUUUGAAGACCUUCUCUUGUAUGUUGCAUCAUCGGAAAAUGAGCAGGAUUUGUGCAUGCAUGCUUUAGAGAUAAUAUCCCUAAUGCUGAGGGAGCAAGACCCAGCACAGCUAGCCCAGGCAGGCCUCCAACGCUCUCAGUCGGAGAAGGAGAAAGACGAGAAGGAGCUGAUUGAAAUCCGACAGAGAGAGGCCCUCAAAAAACAGCAGCAGAGGCAGAAGCAGUACAGUGCCCGCCAUUCCAGGUUUGGGGGCACCUACUAUGUUCAGAACAUGAAGAGCAUCAGUGACAGGGACCUUAUCUCCCAUCAGCCAGUGAGUGAUAUCCGUGCACUUAACUUCGACAAGGCUAAACGGCCCAAGAAAGUGGCCAAAAACAGAAUGGCUAUGCGUGAUGUCAACACCACAAGGAGAUCCACUCUUGCUAUCAGGCUUUUCUUGCAAGAAUUUUGCAUUGAGUUUUUGAAUGGUGCUUACAACAGCAUCAUGUACAUUGUCAAGGAUAACUUAAAUCGAGCCCGAGCACAGGAGCAUGAUGAGUCCUAUUACCUGUGGGCAAUGAAGUUCUUCAUGGAAUUCAACAGACAUCAUCAGUUUAAGAUUGAAUUAGUGAGCGAGACAUUGAGUGUUCAUACAUUUCAUUACAUCCAGACCAAUUUGGACAGCUAUUAUGAGAUGAUGACCACAGACAAGAAGAAGAUCCCUCUCUGGUCCCGGCGGAUGCACAAGGCUCUGAAGGCCUACCAGGAGCUCCUCAUGACACUGGCAUACAUGGACAAGUCAGACAAUGAGUCCGUCAAGGAGUCAUCAAAGGUACUCAAGAGCAAGGUAUUUUAUGUGGUUGAGUACAGGGAAUUGGUCAUGAACCUUCUGCAAAAUUAUGAUCCUGUUAAAUUGUCUAGUAUGUAUUUAAAGGACUUGAUUGAAACAACACACAUAUUCUUGAAGUUGCUUGAAUCAUUCUGUGGGAAGUCAAAGCAUGUCAUCGUGCAGAAGAAGGUCAAGAAGGCAAAAAAGAAGAAGCCCAAGGUUCAAUCAAAGACAGAAAGUGAGCCAACGGAACACGAGCUGCAGGACCUUUGGGAUGAAAUGUCUGCAGAGCUGUCAGCAAUUGUCCAGGGUGAAGCAGGUGAUCUGCCUGACACAGUCCCCUUUGAUGCUCUGUCAGAACAGACGGACGAUGAGCAAAAGGAAGCCGCGAUGAGAAAGAUCAACCGCCACCUUCGGACGAAAGAGAUGGCAGAGGCAGUGUCGUUGAUGCGGUCUGCCCGUGAGGUGUGGCCGGAGGGAGAUGUGUUUGGCUCGCAGACAAUGGAGCAGUCAGAGGAGUUCCUUGCCUUGAGGGAGAUUUUCAUGGCUAAUUUAAACCCCAUUGAGAAUACCCCCGCAGAGAUACCUGAUGAGGAAGAAGAAGAAGAUGAGGAGGAGGAGGAGGAGGAGGAAAGUAUGAUGCAUAUCAGUGAACAGGAGUUUGAUUUAACCAGUUUUGUGAGGCGCUUUGCAAACACUAAAAUCAUGCAGGCAUAUUGUCGUCUCUUUAAGAACUAUGGCUCCAAUUCAAGCCACACCAACCAUUGCAUUUUGAGGAUGUUUCAUAGAAUUGCUUGGGACCAUAAACUCCCAGCGAUGUUCUUCCAGGCUUCUCUCUUUUGUAUCUUCCAAAAAGCUAUGGAGGAUCCGAGGCAGAAAACAAACGACUCCAUACGAGAAAUUGUCAAAUUUGCCAAGUACAUCAUACGUCAGUUCUUCAAAGUGGCAGAGACGAAUCCCAAAGUGUUUGUGGAAUUGUUAUUCUUCAAGACAAACAAAGAAGCUCUGGAGAUUGAGUGCGGCUAUGCAGAACAGGAUGCCGGCAAGAAAGCCAUGAAGCUAGCGUGGAGAGAGGAGGAAGAGGAGGAACUGUUGAGGCUCUUUGAGGAGUUCAGCCGUGCGCCUCCAGAGGGUGCCGAAGACAAGGAUGUUGCAGAUCUUAUACUGGAAAACCUAAUCAACCAGACACGUACACGCCGCAUGGUCAUUAAGAAGCUCAAAGACAUGCACCUAAUCAGAGAUGUCAAGGAGUUGACUCGGAAAACUGUCAAAGUUAAACCAGCAAAGGUGUGGACCGAGGUGGAGGAAGAAGAACUUCGGAUGUUGUUUGAGGAAUACAAGGAUGCAAUGGAUAUCGUUGGAAGAAUCAUGGAUAACAUGAUUACUAAGAGGCCUAAACACAGGGUGGUAGACAAGAUAUUAGAGCUGGGCUUAGUCGAAGACAAGAAGGAGCUGCGUAAGAAAAGGCCAAAGAAGCCUCAAGUGAAGAAAUCCAGAAAGUUUGGUUAUGGUGGUGAUGAUGAUGAUGUGGGCAAUGAUGGUGACAGUGAUGAUGUGCAGAGUGAAGGAAGCAGUGAUCAUGAAGGUGGCUCAGUGAGUAGAACAGAAGUUCCUAAGAAAGCAAGCAAGGCAGCAAGCAAGACAGCCACUUUCACUGUACCAGUUGUGACUCCAGCAUUGAUUACCAAAUCACUGAACACUGUGUUAGAAGCAAACAUGAAGGAAGCAGUUGAGUGGAUUGCUGGUGUCCUCUUGGAUGUGGCAGAGGACCGUGAAGAAGAUGGUGAUUUUGAGCCGGUUCCCAUUCUUGCCAUGACUGAAGCCUGCACAGAUGCCAUGGAAGACGAAAAGUUUAAGGAAUUACUGAAGCUAAUUGGCAUACAGCCUCCGCUGACCAACCAGGAAAUGUUCUGGCGUGUGCCUUCCAAACUCACCAUAGAGGGACUAAAAAAGAGGGCCCAGUACCUCAAGCAGGGCAUCUCAGGUGAGACUUUGGAUUCAGAAAAUGCUGAUGUGCCCUUGGAACCAGUGGAGGCACAGCCGUCCCAAGAAGAGAAGCCAAAGAAAAAGAAAUCUGCAAAAACACAGCCUAAAUCAAAACCCAAGCCUAAGAAGACAAAGAAGCCACAGAAUGACCUGUCUGAUUCAGAAAACAUCAAUCCUGAAGAUAAAGAAAAUUACUACAAGUUUGUGCCGACAGUCAACACAGAGGAUGUUGACGACUCAGUUCCCCUUGUGCCUCAGAGGUCAAGAGUAGUUGAAGAUGACUCCAGUGACGAUGAUGCCCCCCUGUCGUCCAUCAGUCAAGUCCGCUCUCCUUUAGCAUCCAAAAGAGCUUCCAAAAAGAGGCAGAUGAGUGAUGAGGGAAAUGACAGUGGAGCUGAACUCAAAAUGGAGGAAGAUAAAAACUCUAAAAAGAAGCGCAGAUUGAUCAUCGCUGACGACUCGGAUGAGGACACCCCUGUUGUAGAAAGCUACGACUUGAGAUUACACUUGGACACAGAGUCUUCAGGCAUGCUUGAUGAUGCAAGCAUGAGCGUGGACGAGGAUGUAGGGAGCAACAAGGGAGUCAACACAAGUCAGCGGAGGAUGCUGGAUUCAGACUCUGAAGACGAUGUUCCUUUGGCGAGUGGCAGACAGAAGGCUAGAGCUGUCAUUGAUAGCGAUGAGGAUUAAAGAAUGGAUUAUUUAGCAGAUAUAUAAUAGUUUUAUAGAUUGGUUCUUCUUUUAGUACAAAUGAAGUAACUUAUAAAAAAAAUUGAUGUAUUUUUAUAUGAAAUUUUGUAGAAAAUAUGUAGAAAAUUAUUAUAAGUAGCAUUUGAAUGAAGAGUGCUUAUGAUUUUUCUUUUCCUUUUUUUUUGCAUGUGUAAAUAAAAUUUAUAAUAUA